AUGAACUUCACGGAUGACGAUGGACAUAUGAAAUUUGAAAUCAGAGAUUCUGAUGGCAGGACGUUCACGGUGUUAUACAACGUCAGUCUGAAAUCAGCCACCUUCUCAUGCAAGCAUUUUGAAAUGUAUGGGUGGCUAUGCAGACACGUCUUUGUUGUAUUGAAGGACGUGAAUGCUGAAGUUAUACCGAGUGCACACAUUCUAUCAAGAUGGACUAAAACGGCCAUUUUGAAUCCAAUGUUUUGUGUUGUUGACAGUAUAACUGACCAGUGUGCUCGAAUUGAUGAUAGAAAGAUCAUGGUAAAUAAACUGUGGUCUGACAUACAUCUAUGUGUGGGGUUGGUCGAAACAUCCAUGGACCGACUUGUUGAAUUUUCAAAAAUUAUCGAAAACCACAAGCACAAGUUGACGACUGAACAAGAAGUUGGUCCAAUCGGGACAAAAAAUCAUCGAUUCGAAAUGUUCGUUGGCACGUCGGUCCCUCAGGAGUUGAACAUACAUCCCCCGACCAAAACAAAUAACAAGGGUAGUAGAAAGAGGAUUAAAAGCAUGAAGGAGCAAGCAAUCGAAAAAUCCGUAAAAAAGAGACGUAUAUGCAAGACGUGUGGUGAGAGGUCAGGUCACAAUACCCGUACGUGUCACAAGAGACAUGAGUGGUAUGUCACGUAA